GUAACUCACCUCAUAACCUCCAUAUAUCACCUGCACCAAAUACCCAUACUUCUCUACCUCUCUACUCCUUUCCCCAAAUCAUCAUCAUCAUUUAUGAAUCAUCAAGCAGAAAAAAUGAAUUUCCUCUCCACCACUCAAAACUAGGUCAUUCCCCUCGAAAAUGUUUACUGCAUCUCCACCCUACAAGAGUGAAUGCCGUGGCGCAGUUCCCUCAUCCGCUUUCCACCACCGCGGAAACAAUGAUUCACGAGCCACUGUUCUUACACUUCGGUUUUUAUAAGAGUGUCUUUAGAUGGUUUGAUCCUUGUGAACUUCCUCCCUCUUACAUACCACGGAAAUACCCAAGAACGAUCAACUUGAGCUCCCAAGCCACUUAGCUUCAAUCAAACUUUCUCAAAUCAAGAACAAAAAUAAACUAACUUAUCUUUCCUACCUUUAUUUUAUAUUCUAUUACUCGCACAUAUCAUAUAUUCGAUAUUUUAUAUCCAUCACCAUAUUAUUCGUGACAGUCAACCCUGACUCACUAUCCCGUUACAAUGUCACUUCCCGAUAACGUAUUCUGCUGCGAGUCAUGCACUGAAGUCGAUACUCGGCACUCCGACAAACCUUACCAUGAUCCAAAUAAGCACUAUCACAAAGCGAUCUAUCAAUCAUUUCUCAAUUUCGCAGCCCGGAUAUCAGCAGCUAGAGAACUUGAGCUUUUCCAAGCUCAUGAGGCUGCUGAAAUUCAACGUCAGGCUGCUGAAAUUUAUGCAGCAGCUAUCUCGGUCCAAGAAGAAUCCGAUAAUGCUUCCAUGGCGCUCAUGGAUAUGAUCCGAAGUUAUAAUCCUGAUCAUCAAACGAUGACAAGUCGAGCUCCAACUCCUUCAUUGGCUUGCAUUAAAACUCCCACCCCUUCAUCGGCAUUCACUAGUGCAUUCACCUUGCCCUCUUCUCCUCCCUUUUCUCCUUCUACUACACCGCCUAGACCAAUCAUAGCCCAAAGAUGCUCUGGUCUUCACUCUAUUUCAAAAAGCAACGUGUUUGAAUCAGACCUGAUGACACCACCAUCUUCAGCACCAUCCUCUAAAGCCAGCUCCAAGAUGACUUCCGUGUCUUCCGGACUUGGGCAAUCUUUCAUAGAAUUUCUCAGAAAUGGGGUGACUGCCCUUCCUUCAUCAGGAGUGCCCAAUCUUGGAUCAAGCAUCACUGAUUCAAAAAUUCCCGAAUGGAGAUCACGUCCGACUAAUCAAGCAAUGCAACCACUUGCGCAAUCUUUGACUCCACUUGAAACAUCUGGAUACCCAAAGUCUCCUUGGACAUUUGAACCAACACAUUCCCCAGCUCUUAAUGGAACAUAUGGGUCGUUUCAAUCUCCGACAACCAUCGAGGCAUCUGGGCCAUAUCAACCCUUAACUCUCACUGGAAAUUUGGAACCAUCCCGAUAUUCAACCUCUUCCGAAACAUUCGCCGAAGUUUCCUUCGAUGAUUUCAGAACCGUUCAAGCACCAUAUUGGACACAAACAAAGCCGGAACCUUUCAUUCCUCAACGUGUUCUUUCCCCAUCUAACCUAAUCAACAAUCCACUCAUUACCAGUCCUCCUCCAACAUACGUGAUUCACAUCACCUCACGGCAAGAUUACGGCAAGACAGAAUCUCAUCGUUACUUUGUCUGUCCUACGAAUCUGACAUCGGAUUGGCCGGAAGUCAGUUUACUCCAAUGGUUCGCCGCUGGCGUUGGCUAUGAUGUCAAAGCGGAGAAAUGGGAUCAUAAAUGUUUGCAGCAUCAAAGAUUUUUCCGAAUGGUUUUAAGGCCAAAUCUGGCGAUGCGUGAAUGGGGUUUGGGCAAACCAUUGGAGGAAUUGCAAGCGGAAUUGGCAAAGUUGGAUGCCGUUGCGGCAAUGGAGCGUGUAUAGGCUGAUCAAUGGAGGUUGUUCGUGUACAUAAUUUUUGGAAUAGAUAGGCUACAGGCCAGAGUCGUUGGACUUUUCUUUUUGCAUGAUAUUCGAAUAUGGCAGGUAGUGGAUAGAAGGACUUGGAGGAUAUUUGCGUGGGAAACUGGAGAGGCUGUUGCUGGCGAUGCUUUUGAGGCUCAGAUGAGUCUGCUUCGUACUGGUUAUUAUCUCGUUUUCCGUAUAGAUAGACUUCCCGGUUGGGUGACUUUGCAUUCUAUCGUAUUUACGAUGGUAAUUGCAACGAUCCUGCAGACUAGAGUCUAGAUCUUUGAAUUUGAGUGUUUAUUGCGAUUAGGGAUUUUGAAAAGCAAUGCAGCGUUGAAUCUAUUAGAGUCUGACUUGAUUUGAUGUGAUUUUGUAGGGUGCUGUCUCAAAACGUGAGUCUGAAAUGUUGCGAAAUAUACUUCCUCAUGGAAUGACACCCCAAUAGUGAAUUUUCCGAAAGGCCAAUAGCUUCGUAGAAUGCUUCGAUACUCACUUGUUACCUGAUCCUUCCCAGAUAUCUCAGUAUAACCAACUUGUAUGGAUUGGAUGAGAGUAGAGAGUAGAGUUUGAGAAACAACAAUCGUCCAAAUAUGACUCGAACAAACAGGAUCUCCUACUAGUAAUGAUUGAAUCAUAGCUUGCUCAGUAGUCAUUCCUACUCUCUAUAAUCAAUACACGUAAUCAUUCUCGUCACCACUCACUUCAUCCACUUUCUUUCAUCUGCCAUGUGGAUGUGGAAUUCGAAAUAAU